GCCGGCCUGAGAGAAAACACUCAUUUUCAAACCAACUGAACUAAAUGUUUUGUGAUGUUUCUGAAGACUCAGCUCUGCCUCUCUUUGUUUCUCAGUUUAUAAUAGAAGACAUGAAGCAGCAGCAAACCAACAAACACAACAACCUGCACCGUGAAGACCAGCACAUCACUGUGGAGGAGCUGUGGAGGAGCUGGAAGACCUGCGAAGUCCACAACUGGACGGUGGAGGACUCGGUGCAGUGGCUGAAGGAGUCGGUGGAGCUGCCGCAGUACGAGAAGAACUUCCGGGACUUCGGGGUCACGGGGAACACUUUACCUCGGUUGGUACCGUCACUCGCGGCGGCAGAGAAUCCCCUUCAGCGACGCGUAACAAGAUCAGAUUCAUUAGUCCUGUUCAUGGCAGAUGUUACAAGUGCUUUAAUUAAGAUGUGUUUCCGUCGGUGAGCCGUGAAGUGUGUUUAUGAACAGCAGCACCUUUAUGAUCUUUGUCACAGCACCCAGAGGCGGCUUUAGUUUUCAUUACUCAGUUUAAUGCUGCCCACUGCUGGUCGUAAACGGCGACACAGGAGGAGGAGAGUCAGCUGGAUUGUCUUUGUUUCUCUGUUUUUGUAUUGAAAGAGGAAAUAGGGCAGACCACUCAUCGUCACAUGAUCUUUAUCCUUUAAAACGGCAACAAAUUGGCUUGAAUUCUCAGAAAAAACAUCAAAAAAGGCAAUGAUU